AGCAUUAGUUACUCACAAAUUCUGCUUCGUUCUUUCUUUCACCCUUUCUCUCUAUGCUUUACUACUUCAUUCAUUCAUCUUUUUCAUGUUAUAUAAAUACUCUGCAAUUUGCUCAUACACUUUGAUUCUUGUUUGGUGGAGUUGAAAUCUGGGUGGUGAUUAAUGGGUUUUGUUUCCCUUUUCUGAUUUUGCUUUGCUUUGGUGUUAUUCUGCGUUGUGAAUAUAUACUGAAUGGGUUCCAUCAGAGGAAUCAAGAAGAGGAAGAAGGCUGAUGAUAAAGAUGGCCAAGAUGCCUCUGCCACCCCAUUCGAUUGGUGGCAACAUUUCUCCCUCAGAAUUUCAGGACCUUUGGCUCAAUCUAAAAAUAUAGAGAAAUUUGAGUCAGUUUUCAAGAUCUCAAGGAAGACGUUCAACUAUAUAUGUUCUCUUGUGGAAGAAGACCUGCUGGCCAGAGCCUCAAAUUUUGUUGAUUUAAGUGGCAAACGUUUGUCUCUAAAUGACCAAGUGGCUGUAGCUCUUAGAAGACUCAGCUCUGGUGAGUCAUUGUCAACCAUUGGCGACUCAUUUAGGAUGAACCAGUCGACUGUUUCCCAAGUAACAUGGAGGUUUGUGGAAGCAAUGGAAGAAAGAGGACUCCACCAUCUCAGCUGGCCUUCAACUGAAACCGAAAUGGAAGAGAUAAAGUGCAAGUUUGAGAACUUCAGGGGCCUUUCUAAUUGUUGUGGUGCCGUUGACAGCACACACAUAAUGAUGACUUUGCCCUCUGUGGAUGCUUUGAAUAGUGUGUGGCUUGAUCGUGAGAAGAAUUGCAGCAUGGUCUUGCAAGCCAUUGUGGAUCCUGAUCUGAGAUUCCGUGACAUAGUUACUGGAUGGCCAGGAAGUAUGAGUGAUGAGCAAGUGCUUCGGAGUUGUUCUUUUUUCAAACUUGGUGAAGAAGGGAAAAGGUUGAAUGGGGGUAAGAAAGUACUUCCAGAAGGAACAGCAGUAAGGGAGUAUAUUAUAGGGGAUAGAGGCUUUCCCCUUUUGCCAUGGCUUCUUACACCUUACGAAGGUAAAGGACUCUCAAAUGUUCAAGUUGAGUUUAAUAGAAGGGUUGUUGAAACUCAAAUGUUGGCCAAGAAAGCAUUGGCUAGGCUGAAGGAGAUGUGGAGGAUAAUCCAAGGUGUGAUGUGGAAACCUGACAAGCACAAGUUACCAAGAAUUAUUCUUGUCUGCUGCAUACUGCAUAAUAUAGUUAUCGAUAUGAAGGAUGAAGUACUGAAUGAUAUGCCCUCUUGCCACCAGCAUGAUUCCAGAUAUCAAGACCAAACCUGUGAAUUUGUGGACAACAAUGCCACCGCUAUGAGAGAGAAGCUAUCUCUCUUCCUAUCUGGCAAGCUGCCCAGUUGAAAGAUAAUCUCUUAGGACUUACAUAAAAUUAGAUCUUUAUUACCAUUUUCAUGUUAUUUUGGUUGACAACUCAACUGACUUAGACAGAAAUAAAUUUUAGUUGCCUCUGCAUCAGUAUCUUCCCAAGGAGGAGGACACAAAUUAUAAUUCUGGUUGAAUGAGCUAUUUCCUUGCUAGUUCAUUACGUCUCUUAAAAAAAAGGAGUUAAUCAUUUAUUUGGUUGCUCCUCUUUUUCA